AUGGCCAAUUGUCAGUUCCUGACAACAGUCACGGCCAUCGAGCCCGAGUGGCUCAGGGACUGGGAACUUCCGGGCGGAGAGAUGGGCGAUGAACUAUCCCCAAUAUCAGUCACAGCUGUUGAGCCGGCGUCUGGUGUCCUGCCCUGGGUCUACGACAAGAUUAAGGCUUCCUCAGCAUAG